UGAGAAGAGAGAAGGGCACGAAAGAAGUGAAGAAAGGGACUUGAGCGAGAAGAAUUGAAGUAAUCAAGGGGCCAAGCUAUAGAUGGCAGGACCAACUUGGGAAGAAAGAAGAGAAAUAGCAGGGCCAAAUCGUAAAGUGGCAGAACAGAGGAGGGGAUCAAAAUCCCUAGCGCAGCCUAAAUUCCCUUUGGGCCUGGCACACAUCUCUCUCCCUCACCCCUCCUUCUCCACUACCGGCCGUCGCCGCGGCUAGGCCGGCGUGGCGGUGCGCCACCGCGCCACCAGCACACCCACCACACGCCACCAAAUCCAUCCACCAUCGCCACCAUCUCCAGCCACCUCCACACCUCGCGCGCCGGACCAGACAAGAGGGUCACGGGCGUCUGGUCCUCCGCGUGAGCGCCCCCAUGUUGCUGAUCUUCUUCUCCAACUGCCGUUGCUCCUCCCCUCGCCCCUUCUGCUGCUGCUCUUCCCUGCUUCUGCUUCCUAUGCCUUGCUGCUGCUCCUAACUUGCUGCUCGCUGCUGCUGCUUCUUCAUCCUCAAAUCUGCUGCUACACUUCUCUGAAUUUGAAUCUUGCUGCUGCUGCUGCUCUCUCUCUCUCUCUCUCUCUCUCUCUCUCUCUCUCUCUCUCUCUAUUGCGAACUUUAGAAGUGUAAUAAUGUUCAGAAUUGUGUAAUGUCCAGGGUUGUGUAAUAUUCAGACUGGUAUAAUAUAGUACUUGUUAUGUUGGAUCUGACUUGUUGAUGCCCUCUUAAUUUGGGAGGUGAUUGAUCUAUCAGAAUCUGCUUAUGAGUAUUAGUAUUUUGCUAGCAUGUAUGUGUGUUCACCCUGUGUAUUUCUACUUCCAGUACUAGUUAACUUUGUGUGUGUUUAAUUUUCAGUCUCUGUGAUAGCUUCGUCUCUGUGACAAAUAUGUUUGUAAUGUGACCCAUAUCCAUUCUGCUAUAUGUGUUCAUGUCCUGUUUUUCCUUUGUGUUACUAUUUUAGUUUCUCAUGCAAAUAAAAAUAAUACCAAAAAGACAGAGAGUAUAAUCUGAACCUCCAUUUGCUUCUUUUCAUUUACUUUGUCUGUUGAUUUUCUGGAACUGUCUUAGAUAGCUUAGGUUUAUUUUCCUGCUAUCAUCACCCGAAUCAUGUUACCUAGCUUUAGUCUUGUGCCGUCGUUGAUCGUCUAGUCCCUGUGGAGAAUUCAACAUCCAUAGUUUGGGUGUAAAAACCCUACUGUACUUACAAAACGAUCAUUUUGGCGCCAUUGCCGGGGGCUAGCGUCGUGCGACCGUGUUAGGCUAUAGACUAGGUUUUGCUUCUGUUUCUAUCUGGUGCCAUAUAUUUGUGAUAUAUCUCUUACCCCUAACCACUGUUCCAGUUAUCUUCUCUUUCUUUUCUUGUUCAUUUUGUAGGUUGAAUUGUCUUCUUGGAAAUGGCAUUCUACUCAGAUAAUCAUGCUUAUGCAAGCAACACUACAAAUAGCACGGAAAGUAUUCAAGAACUGAUAAUUAUCAAUUGCAGGGAAUUGGGUACAAUGAGGAGAGCAACAACUAUGCACCACAACAGUUUUAUUCAGCUCCUAUUCAUAUACCUCAGAACCAGGAGAUGUUGCCAAUGGAGUUAAAUGGUCCUCCAUUUGGUCAACCAACACCUUCAACACAAGUGCCCACACAAGAUGAUUUUGACGAUAUAGACAAGCUCACAUUGCUUAGUCUCGAGUUCACUUGGAGUGCUGAAGAUGAUCCAAUCAGGCCGGUGAUACUAGAGGAAAUGAAGAAGAUCAAGAGUGGAAAAGAGUUAGUGGAGGAAGUAAGGAAGAUUGAGAAGAACAUCAACGCUGGCGGCACUAUUUCUUCACAGCUAGAGCUGAGUAUUUCAGGGAUAUCCCUUGAGGUGUGUGAGUUUCCAACACCGUCACAUCCAGCUGAGCAAGAUAGCAAGAGCCCAGAGGAAGAGAUACCUCAGAUUGAAGAAGAUCAACUCAAAGACAAGGAACAAGAGGAUCCAGAGCUCGAAAGCCCAAGCAAUCAAGUUGAAGAUUCAUCAUCUAUUACUCUUGAAGAAGUAGAAGAAGCUGUUGUAGUUGAAGAUGAAGAACGAGAAAUUCAUUUGCCUAUUGUCAUACAAGAGCGUAAUGUAGCAGGUUUAUCUAAUCCUCUUGAUGACAUGCGUCCAUAUGAUCUGUUUGCUACUACUUUGCAUUGCAUGAUGCCAUCUGUUAAAGUAGAUUUGAAAAAGUAUUUGCUUGGAUAUGAUCAUAUAUACCCUGUUAGUGGCAUUACUCACAUUAGUGUUGAUGACAGUUACUUUCCUCGUGCUAGACGUAUGCUUAAUGAAACAUUUCAUUCUCAUGCUAGAAUCAUGCUUAAUGAAACAUAUCAUCCACAUGCUAGUAUUGAGCUUGCUGAUUCCGACCAUCCUAAACAUGUGCUUUAUAGCUAUGCUUAUGUAAUUGGAUAUUCGAUUGAUGACUUGGAGGGCAUUGUCCCUACCACUUGCAUUGUCUCUUUCGUUGAGUGCUCUUUUAGGUUCUUGCUUGUGCACAAAUCACUUCAUGCUGACCAGGUUCGAGGUGACAUUCCUUGGGACCCUGGUGGACUCAGAGCAUGGUGAAGAGGAGAAGCAAGGGGCACACACGAAGAAGAGUGAAGCUGGAGCAGGCAUGAGGAUAGAGAAGCAAAAGGAGAGGAGCUGCAGUUGGUGAGGUGAUCGAGAGUGCUACAUCAUCAAAGCCCGGUGAGUUGUUUCAUGACCCAUUUUGAAAUCAUCAUCCAUUGAUGCUUGCUGAAUUAAAUUGCUAUUUGGGUUGCUUGUGCCAUUUCUUAAAUGUUGUCCCACUGAAUUUCACCUUUGACAUAUGGUGCUUGAUGAGAAUAUGCGAACUGAUUGUUGAAUGCCCUGUAAACUAGUGAUCUACACCCUGUUUGCUUUGCUGAAAGUAGUGAAAGCUAUUAGUUUUGAGUGCUCAAAUCCCUAGUGCACUAGUAAACUUAAUCAUUUUCUGCUUUUACCUUGAUACACUCAGAUCAUUAAGUGUUAGAUGAUGAGUUUGUGCCUAUUGUGUUCCCAUUGAGAGCAAUCACUUUACCACUAUGGACUAGUAUGCUAUGUUCCCUGGAUCGGUGGCAUGUGAACCAGACAUGGAGAAGUGAUGAUUCAUGUUUUUGUGCUUAUGCGUUAUUCAUUUAAGAUAAGUAAUAAUGAAUAAAUAAGUCUAACUACCUACAGUAGCAUGUCAUGUUUCCUGGAUCGGUGGCAUGUGAAAUCAGGUUAGCUUGGGCAGUAAUUAAUAAUAAAAAUUGUAAUUGUCAAACCAGGUGUAUACCAAGUUCUCUGGAUCGGUGGUAUGUUCCUUUGGGGAGACAAACAAAAAAAUUGGUCGAGCCAGGUGUAUAGCAUGUUCUCGGGAUCGGUGGUAUGUUCCUUUGGUGAGACCGAUAAAAUAUUAUCAUUACUUCCUUCAAAUUCAAUAAGUGCUUCAACCAUAAUGUUAUGUUCUGGAUAAUAAGUUUUUUCUGGGAUCAUGCUCUCUUUAGGAACCCUUUGGCACAAUCAGCAUUUGAACUUGUUGAUCCACUUUUAUCAUUGUAAAAGUUUAAAAUAAUAGAGUCUACUAGUAUCCUAUUGCUUUGUAGCACUCUUAACCAUAGAUUUUCACUAGCGAAGUUCAAAGCAUGCAUUGUUUGGAGAUCUACUUCACUGGGACAUCCUCCAGUCAGUUCGCCGUUCACUACCUUGCUCCUGUCAAAUGCCUUUACUUGAGGACAAGUAAAGAUUUAAGUGUGGGGGAACUUGAUAAGUGCAUUUCCUAUUCCUAUUUUGGCACACAAACACACCAUUUAUUGUGAUCCAACGAUCCAUUCUUGUUAUGAACUAUGAUAUAUUUGAAUGAAAAUCAUAUAAAAGAUCAUUUACUCGUCAUUUGAUUAUUUUGCAGAAAAGUGCGCAAAGGCACUAUAAACUUCAAGAUUUGGACAAAUUGGCUAUUGAGAAGAGAGAAGGGCAGGAAAGAAGUGAAGAAAGGGACUUGAGCGAGAAGAAUUGAAGUAAUCAAGGGGCCAAGCUAUAGAUGGCAGGACCAACUUGGGAAGAAAGAAGAGAAAUAGCAGGGCCAAAUCGUAAAGUGGCAGAACAGAGGAGGGGAUCAAAAUCCCUAGCGCAGCCUCAAUUCCCUUUGGGCCUGGCACACAUCUCUCUCCCUCACCCCUCCUUCUCCACUACCGGCUGCCGUCGCGGCCAGGCCGGCGUGGCGGUGCGCCAUCGCGCCACCAGCACACCCACCACACGCCACCAAAUCCAUCCACCAUCUCCAGCCACCUCCACACCUCGCGCGCCGGACCAGACAAGAGGGUCACGGGCGUCUGGUCCUCCGCGUGAGUGCCCCCAUGCUGCUGAUCUUCUUCUCCAACUGCCGUUGCUCCUCCCCUCGCCCCUUCUGUUGCUGCUCUUCCCUGCUUCUGCUUCCUACGCCUUGCUGCUGCUCCUAACUUGCUGCUCGUUGCUGCUUCUUCUUCAUCCUCAAAUCUGCUGCUGCACUUCUCUGAAUCUGAAUCUUGCUGCUCUCUCUCUCUAUUGCGAACUUUAGAAGUGUAAUGUUCAGAAUUGAGUAAUGUCCAGGGUUGUGUUGUUAUGUUGGAUCUGACUUGUUGAUGCCCUCUUAAUUUGGGAGGUGAUUGAUCUAUCAGAAUCAGUAUUAGUAUUUUGCUAGCAUGUAUGUGUGUUCACCCUGUGUAUUUCUACUUCCAGUACUAGUUAACUUUGUGUGUGUUUAAUUUUCAGUCUCUGUGAUAGCUCCGUCUCUGUGACAAAUAUGUUUGUAAUGUGACCCAUAUCCAUUCUGCUAUAUGUGUUCAUGUCCUGUUUUUCCC